GUCGUCGCAAGGUCGACCUGAGGCCGGCUCUAGGGUUCAGUUUAUUAUUUUCGUCGUCAAUCCCGGGGCGUCGUCUGCUAGAAAAAUACGCAUCAACGUCUGCAGGAAGCCGUCCACGAAAAAACCCCGAUAAAUGCCGCUUAAAUGACGGAGAGGUGAACAGACGUGCCUUCACGAACUUAAGAGGGGGUUGUUUUGCCUUAUAACCCAAGACGACCUGUUUCUGGGUCAUUGUGCUGUGAUAUUCAUACUGAAAUAAUUAUUUUCUCUAUAUAAUCAGUCAUAAAGCAAAUAGAAUCAGAUCGUAUGGCAAACUGAACUUUGAAUUAUACCAUGACCCGUUUAAAACUGCACGUGAUAUCAGGGGCUAAAAGGGUGCACUGGUACCCGAUAGACUGACAUGUCAGUACGUACAAGACGAACGGAUAGGCGUCUGGUCGCGGUUACCAGCCGAGAGGAGGAUAACAAUGCGCGAAAGAAUCUGGACUGUGGUCAUCUAGGCUGUGGUCAUAAAAAAACAUCGGUGAGCCGUCUGACCAGUGCACAUCUAUAGUUGCCGGAGACGAAUAACUCCGCUAUUUCCAACUUUCCACCUGCUUCUUUUCCACCUGCCGAGCAGUCUCCUCAAAUCGCCAUGGCAACGCAAAAGCGAGUCCUUCUGUGGAGCGUGCCGCGAUCUCUCUCCACCGUUCUCAUGAGGGCGCUGUCACGUCUCCCCGAUUCGCUGAUCAUCCACGAGUAUCUGCUGUUAUCAGGUUUGAACGAGGUGGGCCUGCGGGACUGUCCCGACGACUGGAAAUCAGACUUGCCCGACAUGGACACAGAACAAGGCUUCGAUAUCAAGUCAUGGAAGGAGAUGUACGAGCAGCCGUACCCUGGAAAAUCCUUCAUUCUUGGCAAAGAAAUGAGCGACGGGCUGGGAGGACGGAUGGAGAUGAUACCCGAAGGCUACACCCACGUCUUCCUGAUGCGCCACCCUUUGAAAUCAGUCACUUCUCUUGACAAAUCACUCUCGUAUUUCCCAGAUGAUGUAAGAUUUUCCAUGGUGAAGCCCAACAAUUUCAAAGCUUUGGCUGGUGUGUAUGACUAUGUCACCACCACUCUCGGCCAGCCAGCGCCCGUGGUCUUAGACGCCGACGACCUGCUUGCAAAGCCCGGGGAGGCCUUGCGCCUGCUCUGCGAAGCCACUGGGAUGCCUUUCAGCCAAGACCUACUCCGAUGGGAUCAGAUGAAAGACGAGCCACCCGCCAACUGGUUAAUGCCAAAGUUCAUGUGGAGCAACAACAAGGAGGUCAGGCUCUUCAGUGCUGCCUUUGAGAGCACCUGCUUCCACUCCAACCAGGCAACCUCGGGAGCGGCAAAGGAGAAAGACGCCAUUAAACCAGAACUCCAACAACUGAUCCAAGAUGCUUUGCCGUAUUACAACUACCUGUACGAACAUCGCUUAAUUAUCACAGGCUAGGAGAGAAAAAAAUGUUGAAAAAUUUCUGGGGAACAAAUUUGAAAAUUGGCUUCAUAUUGACAAAAUCAUUUCUUUUGUUUGUGUAAGGGCCUGUAUGAAUACUGCUUAUGCGUUAAACUGCGGAGCCAACAACGAAAUACGGGGUACCGAAAAAAACAAUCAGCGAUCAAAUCGGCAAAUGUUUGCUAGUUUAAUUAAAAUGCAUUAAUUUUUAUUUGGCGACUUGAGACAUAUUUGACGUUCAGGAUAGACACACAAAAUGAACGCCUAUAUUAAUUGGCGUGUAAAGGCUUUAUUUUGUCAAUAUUAUUUUUGUGUCAUUAACUGUGUCGGAGGGACAUUUCUUGUCGCAACACGCUAUGUUGUGACAGUGAAUAUUCAUUUUAUACAUGGCGCCCUCUCGCCGCUUAAGAAACUAAAUUUAAAAGACACCUGUGUUCAAUUAUACAAUGACCUAUUGAACUUUUUAAUAAAUAUUAUCUUGCCUUUUAGGGCAUCCGUUUACAUUUCUAUGGUUCUCAUAUUUUGUUUGCCUCUGUAGAAGAGUCGGUAGCUCAAAAAGAAAAGGGGGGAAUGUAGUUGCACCCGUAUAGAUGCUAAAUUAAAUUAUGCCCAGUGCGUAUUAUUAUGCACUGUAGUUUUGUUUAUUGCAAUGAGAUUGUCGUGAGUUUAUCACUGAAUAAAAUAAUAAGAUGUAGUCGACUAUCUGCAUCAAGCAGGACGCUAACAUUCUGGCCGUAGUCACGUUGGUAGCCAUGGCAUACCAGUGACACCUAGCCUAAUAGGAUGAGCGACAACAUCCUCCCAUCUUCUGGGAUGCUGUUUAUUAGCCUUUACUUCACGUGAAAGGAACGCCGCUAUAACGAACUAUCCACACAAAUUGUUCGUAAUAGCGAUCGUUCGGUAUAGUGAUUUUAAGGUGGCGAUGCUCCAGUACUCACUUAUCAAUAAACAGUGCCCUUCAGAACUUCACCAUGCACGCAUCACCCCAGUACAUGUGUUACUGAAAGACGACUCUGAACUCAUGCCGACUAUUCAAUUAUGUAAUUACA